ACUGAUUUCCGCUGUGGGAGCAAGUCGCGCGGUGGUGACGCCGCUGUGAGCAGCUGAUAUGGCGGCGCUGCUAAGAGGUCUGCGGGCUGGAAGGGCACUCCGGGGCCUUAGCAGCGUGGUGGCUGCACCAACAACAACAAACCCUCAGUGUGGCAGUCUAAGACGAGGCUUCCACUGUGCAGUGCUGAGGCUUCAGGAUGAGUCCAAAUCUGACAAGCCUCCCUCCUCAACCUCCUCAUCCACCACCUACCAUGAGCACUACCAGGCUCACUCUGCUGAACAGGACGCGGCGGCUUCCGCUUCCGAUCCAGCAGCCGACCAGUCUACCGAUCCAAACGCCAGUUACCAGGAUCAGAGCGGGGAGCAAGACGAGGAGUACGAAACAGAGGAGCAGCUUCAGGCUCGAAUCCUGACUGCUGCUCUGGAGUUUGUCCCUCUGCACGGCUGGUCGAUGGAAGCUAUCGCAGCCGGCGCUGAGAGUCUGGGUUUGUCUUCUGCUUCCACUGGUAUGUUUGAGAAAGGAUCUGGAGACCUGGUCCUACAUUUCAUCGCUCAGUGCAAUGCGCAGCUGACGGAGAUCCUGGCUGAACAACACAAUCAGGUCCAGCUGGGCCAGGCUGAACCAAAGAAGACUGCAGAUUUUAUAAGAGAUGCUGUAGAGACCAGACUGCGCAUGUACAUCCCCUACAUCGAAAUAUGGCCACAGGCGAUGAGCCUCCUGCUGCUUCCCCACAACAUCCCCGACAGCCUGAAGCACCUCUCCACACUGAUGGACGACAUCUGGUACUACGCUGGAGACCGAUCCACAGACAUGAAUUGGUACACAAAGCGGGCGGCGCUGACGGGCAUCUACAACACCACAGAGCUGGUGAUGAUUCAGGAUUCCUCUCCAGACUUCCAGGACACCUGGACCUUCCUCGAUAACCGCAUCCAGGAUGUAGUCAACAUGGCGACCACAGCCAAACAGGUGCAGUCAACAGGUGAAGCAGUGGUGCAGGGACUCAUGGGAGCUGCUGUUACACUGAAGAACCUCACAGGAUUGAACCAGAGAAGAUGAAGCACCGAUCCCAACCAUCCACAUCAUGAGCAGAAGAUCAAUUUUAAUUUUGGUCGCAUUUCUGAUUCACCGUGUGCAGUGACUCUGAAAUAUUGGAUUAUGGCUGUUAAUAAACAAUAGAAGGAGCAAAUUUGUUUCUGAUCACCUGCAGAAACUCUCACCCGCUGAUCCUUUCACUCUCCUGCUCAGAUCAUUUUUUUUCCUUUGUACAGAAGGACACAGAUCUAUAAUUUAGCUGUUGAAUCAAGUGAAAGUUCAAUAAAAUAGUAAUUGUAUAUUUAACUUUUUUUGGUUUGUCGUCAGUUGUGAAAUCAGUUUCCCACUAAAGAACUCUGUUUCUCCAGGUCAAAGUCACUAUAUUUUACUAGAGCAAAAAACCCUGUGCCACCAGAAUGAUUUGAAAUGUUCUGCAGUUAAAGUUUUGUAUAUAGAGACUUUAAAGUGUCUGAUUUGGGAUGUUUAAUUGUAAUUGAUCUACCUGUAUUACAAUGAAAAAGCAAUUUUGAAACGUCAUUACAUUUUCUGUUAAUGUCUUGGUUUGACCACCAAUCUAAACGCUUGAAACAUGUUUUACGUUAAUGGGAGACAAUAAAGUUCUUGCCUGAAAAGGAAUAUACAGA